AUGAGAAAGAUAAGAGUAGAAGAUUGGAGUUUGGCUUUAGAAAUUGUUGUGAAAAUGGGGAUUCAGCUUUUGGAUUCUGAGAUGAGACUCGGUUUGGUUAAGAAUCUUCUUUCCGUUCUUCAGAAAGCAGCGAUAGAGCUGGUGGAGAAGGGAAUGGAGCAGUUUCUGCUAAGAGGUCUUGAUAAUCUCGAGAGGUUCUUGUCAAGAGACAAGAACUUGUACAUUUACAAUGAUCUUCAAUGCAACUUUGUGUACACCUUCAUGUACAAGAUCAGAGAACUCGGAGCACACAUCAAGGAAGCUGCGAAGAAGAUCCAUCGUUUGAUUAAGUCUAGCAAUAUGUGCUUGACAAUGUGGCUUGAAGGUGACGAGUUUGUGAUUCCUGUGAUGAAGAGUCUUCUCCCUGAUAUAUUCAAAAGGCUAAACCCAUCAAGAGAGUUGUUGGUGGAUAACAGUUGCUGGGUCUUGACGUUUGUGGGUGCGUUCUGUGCUAUUAUACACUUUGGUUGA